AUGGCAGUUUUCCUAGAUGAGAGUCGUACCAAGGAAGCAGGUGAUGUGUCAGUUUCCCUGUCACCUGUCAGUCUUGGGGGCACAGGUGAGGAACCCUAUCCCAAAGCAGCCAUGACGUGGUAUCCCAACAGACACAGCUUCCUAACUGCAGUGGGCUUCCUACUCCUGUGGCUCUUCAUCACUUUGAAACUCUUUGACGAAAUUGAGCAUAGUCAAAACCUGGUGAUUAUUAAAGACCAAGUUGCAACGUGUACUGUAGUUUGCAAACUGGGAAUGGAGGGAGGAGAAACUUAUGGGAUGACACUGGGGCAUCAAUUCUAUUCUUCUGUGAAAAGAGGUGCAUAUUUUCCUUUUCUAUCAUCCCAGGAGGACCGCUAUAACAGUAAGAAGAGCCUACGGCCACUGGAAGACUGGCACACCAUCACCUUGAAAUAUUUAAGAAAAAACCAAAAGAGGAGAAAGACAUGGCUGACAGUGGGGAUCUCCUCGGUUUCACAACAAAAUCAAGGCCACCUGUUGGACACCUUGGCUUCAUUAUAUCGCACCUGUUCCCCAGCUGAGAAGAAACAUCUCACAGUGCUGCUCCACCUAGCCGAUGCCAACUUCACCUGGCUCCGACAAAUGGUCUCCCACAUUUCAAGAAUCUACAGCUCACAGAUCUUGGCAGGGAAGUUGCUAGUGAUCCAUGCUCCCCCUGACGCCUACCCCACUGUGGAUGGCACCCAGAACGAGACCUCACAAGGGCAAUUCUACUCCAAGCAGAACACAGACCAUGCCUUCCUCAUGAGCUUCGCCCAAAACCUCUCUCCUUACUUCCUGCUACUAGAGGACAACGUCUUUUGUGCCCCCAACUUUGUCACCCAUAUUUAUUCAACAGUGGCCACCAUGAAACCCAACCCAUGGGUACUCUUGGAGUUCUCUAACAUGGGACUCGUUGGCAAGCUUUUCCACGGCAGGGAUCUUCCGUUCUUGGCCCAGUUCCUGCUCCUAUUCCACAAGGAAAAACCCCUUGACAGGCUGAUCCUUCACUUCCGUACCCUCCUGGGGCAGAAAACCCCUCUGCUCUACAGACCAUUCCUCUUCUAUUACAGGUUGUACCGUCACCCCUUUGGCGACAAAAAUGGCAUGAACAUUCAGGAGAAUCCUUACGGUCCUCACAUCCUCCCUGCCGCUGUUUUCACAGACAUGAAGGUUUCUGACGUUCAUGUGCCCUGGGAGGCCUACACACUGGAUGAGUCAUUCUUUUGGACCUACAACGUUAGCACAGGGAACCACUUGACGGUGCUUUUGAACCAUCCAGCAAACUUGAGAAGAGUGCAAGUGAUAACAGGAGCCAUCGUGGAUGGAAAGUACGCCCUCCGGAAGGGACAGGUGGAGCUAGGCUACCACCCUGACGGAAUGCCUCGGUCCUGCACCGACUUUGUCCUGCUGGGCCGUCUCCAGCAAGGGCUGAUAGAUCGGGAGAUUCUUGGGGACAGUCUGGGGAAGCACGUGAGCUGUGUGAGGGUGGUGGCGAAUGCUAACCAGCCUGGUGGUCUCAUAAUUAGACACAUUUACCUCUGGAAGGAAAAUGCCAAUGAAAGAAAAAGGAUCCUGAAUGUUAAUGAUAAAGCAGUAUGA